AUGGCUACAGUGGCUAAUAAAAUUGUGCUUCAGAUGCACCGCAUCUCAGUUUUCACCUCUGUUUCUGCAUCCGCUGAAGCCGGUAUAGUAGAAACGCUCUCAUUGCGUGCAGCCAACUCAAAGUUGGACCUUCUCACUCAACACUGGAGUAAAUUUGCAGAAGACCAUGAGAAAUUACUAUCAUCAAAGACCGACGUGACCGUCGAGCACAAAUAUUUCACGGACGGUUCAUUCGAGAAGGCUCUCAAACUAUUUCAAGGAGCUCAAGACGCUCUUCUACAUCGCAUCCACGAGUUGGAAUCAGCACUACUGUCUCACGGUAGUGCUCUGGCCAACUCGAGUUUCAUCGUACCAGCUGGAAGUAGGCUUGAUGUCCCUACUAUCCCUGUGCCCAAGUUCUCAGGCAAAUAUCAAGAGUGGAAACACUUCCACGACGUGUUUGUCUCGAUCAUCGGAGAAAAUACAUCUCUCACAUCUGUUGAGAAGAUGUACCACCUCAAGUCGGCAUUGGAGGGUGAUGCCGCCCGUCUCAUCGCAAACAUUAGAGUCACUGGGGACUCGCUUGCAUCUGCUUGGGACGCUGUUGUCCAACAAUAUGACAACAAGUGUCUUCUCAUCUCAGCGCAGCUGGACAAGCUGUUUAGUAUCCGACCUGCUGACAGCAACUCUGCAAAGCAGUUAAAAGCAAUCAUCAACACUGCCAACGAGGUAGUUCAAGCACUCAAGGCUCUGGGAUCGCCAACCGAGCACUGGGACCAGAUUCUGGUCCAUCUCAUCGUCCAAAAACUGGACAUCUCAUUACGUGAGGCCUGGGAAGUUCAUUUGGGCACAUCCACGGAAUUUCCAAGUUACGAGGACCUGCGCAUAUUCCUCACCGGUCGCGCCAGAGCUCGUGAAGCCAUGGAGUGUGGUGUUUCACCACGCAAACCAGCUAAUGAUUCACGCAGCCACCUGGGAACCAAAUCUUGUACCUCAUCAGCUCAAGUACACGUGGCAACAGCGCCCCCGUCUCAGCAAUCUCAGUCAGGGCAGUCUCAGUCUCAUCAAGCAUCAACGCAGUCUCAUCCACCACCAAGAAAUCCGCCAUCUCAUCCGCCUAGAUCUCAAUCGAACACGUCUCAGUUUCAUCCAGCUCUUCCAAAAAGCACGCUCUCAUUCAAAUCAGACUACUGUCAUUGCUGUGAGGGCAAUCAUUUCAUCGUCGGAUGCCCGAGAUUCCAGGCAAUGUCUCCGGAUGAAAGGUUCCAGUUAGCAGCACAUUCUCAUCUCUGUCGAAACUGUCUUGGCGACCACAGUUUCGAAAACUGUCAAUCUAAGGGCUGUCGCCGUUGCAAAGAGUGCGACGAGCCUCACCACUCAAUGCUGCACUACUCUCGUCUCAUGAGGCUUACCAAGAAGCCACCUGCAGCAGCUGCUGAAACGCAGCAAGUCUCAUCACCACCUGCAUCUCAUCCCGAAGCUCAGCAGCAAACAUCUCAGCAAUAA